CCAAGUCGUUCGGCCUAAAACCCUUCUUCCAAAACCCUAAGCCUAACCCCUUCUCUAGUCGAAACACUCAACACUAUGGCUUUCAACUCCCUUCUCCGCAGAGCUUCGUCCACGGUACUUCCCCUCGCAAUCCGUACAGUUGGAUCUUCCAAAGCCUUCCAUGGCGUGGCGGUCUCCACCGUCCAGAAGGGCAACCUCAGCCGUGACCUCAUCCGUCGAAGCUUUGUUCCAUUUCUACGAUUCUCUACUGAAUCCUCCUCAAAACGUAGCGCCGAUGAGAAAUUGGUUCAGGUCCUCGAAUCUGAGCUCCAGUGCGCUGAAGAAACUGAGCCUGGUCACGAUGGCGUAGAAGAAAUCCCAGCUGGAUUUCCUUUUAAAAUUCAAGACAAUCCUGGAGAAAGAACUGUUUUACUAACAAGAGAGUUCGAAGAUGAAACUAUCAAAGUUGAAGUUGACAUACCCCAUGUUUCAAUGGAUGAUGAGGAAGAUGACAAUGAUGCUAAUGAUGAGAAUGAGAGUAAUGAUGAACCUAAUAGCAUACCACUGGUUGUAAGCAUUUCUAAAGGAAGUGGACAAUUGAUGGAGUUUGGUGUCACUGCAUUUGCUGAUGAGUUUACCAUAGAUAGCUUGUCGAUUAAACAGCCCGAUGGUACUGAAGAGCAGCUUGCAUAUGAAGGGCCAGAUUUCAGUGAUUUAGAUGAAAACUUGCAGAAGGCUUUCCACAAAUAUCUCGAGGUUCGGGGGAUCAACCGAAGCACAAUUAAUUUCCUGCAAGAGUACAUGAUUGCCAAAGACAGCAAAGAGUACAUGAAUUGGUUGAAGAACCUCAAGAAAUUUGUUGAGCAUUAAACCACCGAGAGAGCUUAGGAGGUGGGUUUUUUGAUUGUUGAGAUUUAUACAAAACAAUUGAAGUGGGAUUGAAUUCCACACUAAGCAUUUACAAUAGUACAAUAAUGAGAAUUUUGUUCGUAAGGCAGCCAUUUGGAUCGGUUUAUGAUUGUACGCCUUCUUGUACCCAUUUUAUAGUUUAUUCAUGUUGAUGGUUACAUAUUGAUCCUAAA